AUCUAGUAGACGUAAAUGCAGGAACGAUGCUGAUAGUGGAUGCCGGUUAUGCAUUUAAUUCACCAUAUCCAUCAAUACUUCGUCCAUCCAGGAAAAUUGAUUUGAUUCUUUCAUUUGACUUUUCCGAACGUGAUGGCGAUAAGAAAGAUCCAUUUACGGAUUUGAUCGAGGCAGAAAAAUGGGCUAAAAAAAGAGGUUUAAAAUUCCCCAAAAUUAAGGCCAAACUAAAGACAAUAGAAGAAGAAAGGGGUCAAGGACAGUAUAAAGAGUUGUAUAUUUUCGAAGAUGAUGGAACACCGACAAUUAUGCAUUUUGUGAUGGUUAACAGUUCGUUUCGCACUGUUGGCUGUCAGAUAUGUAAUGAUUUCGAUAUAUUUCCCAGUUAUGCCACGAUGAGAUUUAAAUAUACAAGACCAGCUUUCAACAAAUUACAUUAUUUGGUUCGACACAAUGUAAAGAUUAACGUUUCGAUGAUAAACAAAUGCAUUCAAACUGCAAUUUACAAAAAGCAAAGGAUGAUACCCACGACGUCAGAAAAUGAUAGCCAAUAAGAAAUGAGAGCAGAGUUUAGAAUCAUUGCAGUAAGUUGAGAGGAGAAUACAACCAUGUUAACCAUUGAAGGAAUGCAACAAUAUUUUUCUUUCGUUUUCUGUAGUUAUUUAUGACAAGGAUUAAUGCCAUUAUAGUUCUUAAUCUUUC